AUGGCUGUCGAGGCAUCGUCACUAAAGGCAAAGCACGUUGAUGUUCACUUACUGCCUAUCAAAGACCUUGGCCGCGUCAGCAAGUUUCUAGGCACGCAAAAUGGUGACGGAGGCUACAAUAUCGAUCAGGAGGGGGUAAUUGGCAAUCUCCUGCGUACCAACGGACUUAAGGAUGCAAACUCGGUGCGCGCGUUGAUUGGUGACGACUGCUAUGACGAGAAUCUUGACGGAGUAGAGAUGCUUGGAGCGUCGAACAAGCGGUCUGGCCCAACGAUACGCGAGUUCCAGUCACUCGUGGGCAGCUUGCUAUGGGUUGCGCGCUGCAAAAAGCCCGACAUCGCCUUUGCGGGCACAGUGAGCUUGAAGGUCACGAUAGCGCCGGCGCAAAACCGUGACCAAAAAGUGUCUCGACGGGGAGCGUUUAGCAACGCUGAUUCUGCGGUCGAUAAGGCCGACAGGAAGUCGAUGACCGGCAGCGUACUUCGCCUUCACGGCAUGGCACGCGAAGUGCUUGGCCUUCGCGAGAUGCUGAGCGAGAUUGGCAUUGCACCAGCUGUUCCUAUGCCGCUUCAAGCACCGCAAAAUGGUGACGGAGGCUACAAUAUCGAUCAGGAGGGGGUAAUUGGCAAUCUCCUGCGUACCAAAGGACUUAAGGAUGCAAACUCGGUGCGCGCGUUGAUUGGUGACGACUGCUAUGACGAGAAUCUUGACGGAGUAGAGAUGCUUGGAGCGUCGAACAAGCGGUCUGGCCCAACGAUACGCGAGUUCCAGUUACUCGUGGGCAGCUUGCUAUGGGUUGCGCGCUGCAAAAAGCCCGACAUCGCCUUUGCGGGCACAGUGAGCUUGAAGGUCACGAUAGCGCCGGCGCAAAACCGUGACCAAAAAGUGUCUCGACGGGGAGCGUUUAGCAACGCUGAUUCUGCGGUCGAUAAGGCCGACAGGAAGUCGAUGACCGGCAGCGUACUUCGCCUUCACGGCAUGGCACGCGAAGUGCUUGGCCUUCGCGAGAUGCUGAGCGAGAUUGGCAUUGCACCAGCUGUUCCUAUGCCGCUUCAAGCACCGCAAAAUGGUGACGGAGGCUACAAUAUCGAUCAGGAGGGGGUAAUUGGCAAUCUCCUGCGUACCAAAGGACUUAAGGAUGCAAACUCGGUGCGCGCGUUGAUUGGUGACGACUGCUAUGACGAGAAUCUUGACGGAGUAGAGAUGCUUGGAGCGUCGAACAAGCGGUCUGGCCCAACGAUACGCGAGUUCCAGUUACUCGUGGGCAGCUUGCUAUGGGUUGCGCGCUGCAAAAAGCCCGACAUCGCCUUUGCGGGCACAGUGAGCUUGAAGGUCACGAUAGCGCCGGCGCAAAACCGUGACCAAAAAGUGUCUCGACGGGGAGCGUUUAGCAACGCUGAUUCUGCGGUCGAUAAGGCCGACAGGAAGUCGAUGACCGGCAGCGUACUUCGCCUUCACGGCAUGGCAGUGAGUCGAGGCGCGCAUAAACAGGGCGGCGUGUCUCUGUCAAUGAUGAAGGCCGAUUUUGUCGCUGUCUCGUAA